GAAGAAGAAAAAACUCCUCUAAGGAGAAGGGAAAUGUCGUCACCGAAUCCCUCUCGCUUUCCGCAACCUUUCGGCAGCAUGCGUCUUUAAAAGCGAAGGGCUGCACGACUGCCAAGACAUCAGCAGUGAACGCGAGACCGCAAUAAUCGUGCCUGGCGGUGAGAUUCUCAACAGCUGGGAGAAGGAAAAGUUUUUGUCGAGACCCGCUGAUUUCCUACUCUGAGCGAAAACAAAAGGUAACGUUGUGAACAUCGAGAGAGUGAGAUGUCAAAUUUGUAUUUUCUUUUACUACUUGAAGCCUGUACUUUGACCCUGGUUCUUGGAUUAAAUAAUGAAGAUUCUCCGAGCACACUGCCAAGCGGCUACAAUGAGAUCACACCAGAGGAGGAGACCCACUAUACACCCCGUCUGGACUACAGGACUCCACGUUGGUGUUACACCCUGAACCUUAAGAAUGGGGAGGUCUCCUGUUUCUCACCCCGUGGAGGGAACUACCACAACACCCUGGGGACGCGCUGUGAGAUGUCCUGCGAUCGCGGGUACCGGCUGCUGGGACGGUCAUCGGUGCAGUGCAUGCCCAACCGCAAGUGGUCAGGGACUUCGUACUGCCGGCAGGUGCGCUGCCGUGUCCUGCCCCUGAUCUUACACGGCACAUACACCUGCACCAAUGGCGUGAUGGUGGACUCCAGGUGUGACUUCACCUGUAACCCGGGGUACCGGCUGGAGGCAGGCCACAGCCGCACCUGCCUGGAAUCGGGGAGGUGGAGCGACACAGAGCCCGUAUGUGCAGAUCGUGACCCUCCCAAAAUACAGUGCCCACUCUCUCGAGUGAGGCUAGCAGAGCCUGGAAAACUGACCGCCAGGGUGACCUGGAAUCCCCCUGUUGUCAAGGAUACCGCAGACACGAGGCUGACUGAUGUAACACUCAUUGGUCAAGCGCCAGGGUCAGAAUUUGAAGAAGGGAUACAUGUCGUCCGAUACAAAGUGUAUGACCAGGCCAGGAACAAGGCAGCCUGCAAGUUCAUUGUCCGUAUUGAGGUGAGGAGAUGCCCAGCCCUCAAAGAGCCUCUUCACGGUUAUCUCUCCUGCUCCCCGGGGGACAACAUCUACGGGUCUAUCUGCGAAUACCACUGCGAGGAGGGCUACGAGAGGAGGGGUGCGCCCACCAGGGUGUGUCAGUUUGACCGCAACUGGUCUGGGGACGCUCCAAAAUGCUUCAUGAUGGAGAUCAACACAGACGUUAGGACCUCCACAGCCCUGCUCGCCAAAUUCUAUCGGAAGAGGAGGCUGCUCGUUGUGUCAACACCCGACACCGCCAACCAGUAUUACAAGCUUCAGAAGAUCAUGCUGGAGAGAACAGAGUGUGAACUGAACAUGCGACAGGUCACUGUCAUUGAGCUUCUGGGAUUGCCUCCACGAGAGGUGGGCCGCAUCAAGGACCACACCCUCGACUCUCAGGUCAUCGAGGGACUCAGGCAGGCCCUGAGGAUUUCCAAAGCGUACUUCACCAUGGUGCUCCUGGACAAGCAUGGCAUUGACCGGGAGCGCUUUGUCGAGCCCACCACCUCAGAAGAGCUCUAUUCGCUCAUCGACGACUACCUGCUGAACGAGGAGGAACGCGAACGGCUGGAGAAGUACAGGGAUGUGUGUGACUGAGCUGCCAGUCACUGCCUCCGCUAAGGGCUGAUCCACCACAGCGCCCCCCAGUGGCAAGGAAUGGAACACGCAGAGGCUCUGUGACAAGGGCUUUCCUUUUUGUAGAACUUUAGCAACUCAGAACGAGCAGAUAUCUUUUUAACUGUUGAAUUUUCUCAAUAGCUUAAACUGAAACUGCUUUUACAGCAAGACCAUUGUGUCAAGUAGCAAAUUUCCUGGUGUGAAACUACAAGGGUUGUGUCAAUAGUUGCAGAUUUGACAGUAAAUAGCUGCCAUUUCUGUCUGCAAGCAACAGAAGAUAGACAUGAUGCAGCAUUUCCAGAAUGUUACUUUUAACAGAACACUUUUGUUAAAGAAACAUAUACAACCAACCUGUUUAAAAUGACAAUAUAUUUAUUAAGUCAUUAAAAUCAUUUUAUAUAGCCAUCAUAAAAAACUCCUCUGUCCUUUGAACUUAAGGUUUGAGAUGCAAAUAUGAUUUCAUUUUCUUCUAACACCAAGAAGUCAUGCAGAAUAGAAAGGCAUUUUGUUGGUCUCUUUCUUCAUUUAGGUAAAAAAACAGCAGCAAUACAAUUUAACUACACUACAAUGCAUGGAUGCAUCUGAGGUUAAUGAUCAAGCAUUUGUUUGUACUAUUACAUGGAAUUAUACAUUUAGAAAACUGCAGUUCUUCAUAAGGACUAAUUCUGACACAACACUUAAUUUCACAGAUGGAUCAAUACUGACCCUUAUUGUGAAUACAAAGCUAUUUUUUGUACCUAAUAUUAACUUCAUGUAUG